AUGUUAUGCAUUUCUGCCCUGAAUUCACAGAAAUUAGAAUACGAGGAAGGCAUUUCCAACAUAGGUGCACAUGUGUGUGCAAUCGGGCGCCUAGCUGCUGUUGAACACGCUGAAAGCAUGGCUGAAAAUUCAAAUGCAAAUGAUACUACAGUUACUUCUCCUAAUACAACAAAUGUCGAAGGCACAGACAACGAUAUGAGACAAGCAAUUAUUGCAGAUGUACUCAGUGCAAUAAGAAAAGAGUUCUCUCCUUUACUGCAUGGACAAAAGAGGAGACCACUGCCUCCAUCUGACGAUUCCCUGUCUGUCCAUGCUGACAAAUACCGUCUUGUUGAUGACGAGGAUAAUAUACCAGGAGAUACUUCUUCUGAGCAUGAUAAUGACAACAAUGAUGAAAAUAACUUACCAAGGCAUUCCCUUGAGAACACUAUCCCUGGAGAUAAUAUGUCAGAUUUAUUUACUCCAAAUAAACAUGGUGGCAAACGCUACCGUGAUUUGGAUGUUGCAGAAGACAUCCUCUUACAAGUGGAUAAUGAAAUGCCACAAUCAUUAGACCUUGGUGAAAAAAUCAAAGAAAAUGUUGCCACUAGAGUUACAUCUCAUUUCCUGGAAAAAUGUCUUAUUCCAGAGGUAAAAAAGAAGAUAGGGAAAAGGCACUUGCUUCCUAAAAACUGUACUAAAAUGGCUGUGCCAAAGAUGAACAAAUGCAUUUUUAAUCUCAAAAGUUUUUCAGAAUUUCAAAAACGUAAUGAGAGAAAUUUGUACAACACACAGCAAACACUGUUGAGUGCAACAUCAGCCAUUAUAGAGGUGGUUGAAAAGGUUUUACAGUCUGAUGAAGGGAAAAAGCCCUUGAAUUCGAAGGAUGUUGUCAUGAAUUGUCUUGAUGCAAUAACAUUACUCGGGUCAGUCAAUACAGACCUAAAUAAUAAAAGAAAACAAAAUGUUCGCAUCUCUUUGAACCCUCAAUACCGGGAUCUAUGUAACCCCAGUAGACCAUGCAAUGAAUUUCUGCUUGGGGAUGAUUUACAAAAGGGUAUGAGAGAAGCCCAGGAAGCCUCAAAGCUUGCCUUGUCCUCAUCCAGUACAUAUAGCCACAACAAUAGCAGGAAAUAUCAAUCAUAUCCUUAUGUUGGAAGAGAAGGGCAAGAAACCACAACAAAGUCAUCGGAAGCCCUUCAACAGAAGCAGGAAAUAACUGCUGCCCUCAAUGCAGGUGCUAUUUCUAGAUGUUUGCCUGCAUGGAAAGAAUUGACAUCAGACCAUGAGGUGUUGUCAACCGUUUCUGGUCUAAAAAUAGAAUUUGAGGAACCACCUGAACCUGGUAAUGCUGAAAGCAUGAACUGUUCUUUCUCUGCUGAUGAAAACGUAUUUAUCAAAUCAGAGAUCACCAGGUUACUUAAAAAAGGAGUAAUCAAACAAAGUUAUCAUGUAGCUGGAGAGUUUAUAUCUCCUAUUUUUCUCACUCCAAAGCCUGGUGGUUCAUUCAGACUUAUUUUGAAUUUAAAAAAGCUUAAUAGUUAUAUGCCAUAUAUACAUUUUAAAAUGGACACAAUUUCUUCAGUUUUGAAAUUAGUUACAAAAAACUGCUUUAUGGCAAAAAUUGAUAUUAAAGAUGCUUACUACUCUGUUCAUAUAGAUGACGAAUAUCAAAAAUUCUUAAAGUUUUAUUAUGAUGGUGUGUUAUACCAGUUCACUUGUCUCCCUAACGGUUUGUGUUCUGGACCACGAAAAUUUACGAAGCUUCUUAAACCACCUCUUGCUGUCUUAAGAUCAUCCCAGUGCUUGGUUUCAGGUUAUAUUGAUGACCUUAUUACCAUGCACAAAUCUGACAACGGCUGCUUUGUAAACAUAAAGAGUAUUGUAUCUUUAUUAGGAGAAUUGGGAUUUUCUGUACAUCCUGAUAAAUCACAUUUUCUCCCCACUCAAACCUUAGAAUACCUCGGUUCAAUCAUCGAUUCAGUCAAUAUGAGAGUGUAUUUAACUGACUCAAAAAAGAAAAGAACCAAGGAAUAUUGUCAAAAACUUCUGUCUGCUACUCACAAAGUUAGUCUAAGGGAAAUUGCCCAACUUCUUGGUAUCUUCAGCUCUAGCUUUCAUGCUGUGUUAUUUGGAAAACUUCAUUAUAGAGAUUUAGAACGUCUGAAGAUAGACUCAUUAAGAAACAACUAUGGCAAUUUUGAUUCAUACACUACUUUGUCUGCUAAUGCAAUAGCAGAUAUACAGUGGUGGUGUGACAAUAUUACCUCAUCAUACAGUCCUAUCUCAUUUGGUAACCCCACUAUGACUAUUUCCACUGAUGCUUCUAAGCUUGGGUGGGGUGCAGUAUGUUCUAACUCACAAACUGGUGGCUUAUUCUCAGAAGUUGCAUAUAAAUGUAUUAGAGCUGAAAGCUAUUCUUUUUGGACUGAGGUCAUUAUGUGA